CAAUGGAGCCAUGUCAAACAUAUUGCGUAUCAAACGCAUCAGGAAUAAUUAUCCGGAUUCCUGUUGAAGAUGGCAGCCGUUGUUAUGAAAAUCCCGCCAAACUUGACGUCUGCGUCAAAGGCAAAUGUCAGGUCGUAGGAUGUGACGGGGAGAUUGGUUCGGAGGUUGUUUAUGAUAACUGUGGAAUAUGUAAUGGUUUUAAUGACACCUGUACCAUGAAUAAAGGAACGAUAACCAUGACACCUGAAGAUGAAAAUUUAAUGUUAGAAUGUCCUGUUGGUGCUACUAAUAUCUUGGUUCAGGAAUUCAGUGAUUCAAGGAAUCAUCUCGUUGUACAAAACACUGGAGCAGCCAAUGAGACAUUCAUAAAUGGUGGUUCUAAUGUUACGAGCCCUGGUGUAUACGAAAUAAGUGGCACUAAGUUUGUAUACUCAAGGGAUGAAAAUAUGGAAAAGCUUCUUGCACUUGGACCAAUCAAGGAAAAUCUUAUCGUCAAGGUAAAGAAAAGUAGGAAACAAAAGGUAUCACCAAGUUUUGUGAAAUUCCAAUACUUUAAACCUAAGAAAGAACCAGAGGUUUAUAUAUGGAAGCCAAAACACUGGCUUAACUGUUCAAAGCCUUGUGGAGGAGGAAUCCAAGAAAGAGUCUACGAGUGCUAUCGAAAAAGAAGCAUGAAAAAAAUGGAGACGAAAUUUUGUGUUGGAGUGACAAAACCAAAACCAAGGAUUAGAAAGUGUAACCAAAAAGAGUGUGAAAUACGUUUUACUUGGGUAGUCACGAAGUGGGAAUCCUGUUCUGUGACUUGCGGUGAUGGAAUGCAAAAGCGCGAUGUGUACUGUAAAAGAUCAACAUAUGGAGUUAGAAGCAGUAAAGUGUCAGAUCUUUUCUGCGAUGGUAAAAAGCCCCCAAACAUACAAAAGUGCACCAAGGUACCCUGCGUAGCAAGAUGGGUUGCUGGUCCUUGGCAAGAGUGUUCCAAGACCUGUGGGCGUGGUUUGCGCACGCGUAGUGUUGAUUGUUUAUACCUCAAGACCAACAAAUCAUCAUGGCAGUGCACCGAGGAAUCCAAACUACCUACCACCGGUUACUGCCAACUUAUAAAAUGUGUCAAAGAUGCUCCUGUUAUUAUUGGUAACCUGUCGUGUACAUUCGAGGCUGGUUUCUGUCGAUGGCGGAAUACUCGCAGAGAGGAUAAUUUUGAUUGGUCGUUAAGGAUGGGACUGACACCAAGUCGAUACACUGGACCAACUAAUGAUCACACCUUUCAUUCAACAAAAGGCAAAUACAUCUUUAUUGAAGCAUCGGCACCUCAGAGCAGCGGCGACAAAGCCAGAAUUAUUAGCCCUCUAAUAACUAUCAGUAAGCUCUGUUUAGACUUUUGGUAUCACAUGUUGGGCAAAACGAUGGGAACAAUCAAUGUAUACCUGAAAACUGUGAAUGGUGACAAGAAACUUUGGCACAAAGAAGGAAAUCAAGGUCCGAGAUGGAACAACGCUAGGCUGCAGAUUACAAGUAGUGUUAAGUACAGAAUUAUUUUCGAAGCCGUGAGAGGCAAUGGAUAUUCAGGAGAUGCAGCUCUCGAUGAUAUAACAGUCUAUUCAGGAAAAUGCCCCAAGUCCAAAUACGUUAAAACCGAAUGUGAAGGUGACAUUUCCCGGUAUUGUCAGCUAGCUGUACGAUAUCAGUGGUGUUCAUCAGUAGCAUGGGGUGAAGGACUUUGUUGUGAUUCAUGUUCGACAGCAGUCAAGUUUCGACAAAGAAGAAAGUCCAUGAAAGGGUUUGGUCGUUGAUUUAAUCCUACACUCGAUUCUUUUCUUCUUAAAACAAUUUAAAUUACAUUUUGCCCAUUUUCAUGCACAAAUCGAACUUAAAGCUACAGUCAUAUUCUUUAACUAGUCAUAUAUUUGAUAAUGUAAACGAGGUGCUUGUGGCAUUUUUAAACGAGUGGAGUAAAUGUUUCUGCCAUGAGAUAAUACAGGACCUUGUACCAAUUUACGAUGGACAGGAAAGAGAAAAAUGCGAAGAAAUAGGACUGCUGGCUAUGGCUUUAAGUUUUAUUUAUUAAGUUAAAAAUGCAUGAUAUCUUUUCGUUUCUGCUCAGGCAGGGAAAUUCCUAUAACGCCCCAUUACAUCGAGAAUAAAAUAACUUCACACACUUCAAAGCUACGAUUCCAUCCUUUAAAAAAAACAUGCCGAAGCCAUCUGGACGGCUGUAGAAUUUGCCGGCUUUGAAUUAUCUUACCAAGAAACACCACCGAGAUGUACGACGAGCAUGUAUAUAUAAAUGUUGAGAAGUAGUUAUGCAUUUUAUAAUACACUCGACAAAAUUAAUCUUGAUUCUGAUUGGUCAAGAGGAGUACAAUUAAAUCCCAAAUUGCACUCUGUAGAGUCCCAAUUAAG